AUGCCCAACGUCAAGCAAAUAAUAGAUGGCCACAACAAAGCCAUCCUGAAGACAGCAGAAACAGCUCAGCCACAGAAAAACGAAGGGAACACGCGUAGCUGUAGGAAAAAAGAAGACUGCCCGCUAAACGGAGAAUGCCUGGUGAGUGAAGUCGUGUACCAAGCCACGGUCACAACCGGAGACAAAAAAGAGACAUACAUCGGUCUCACAGCUACUCAGUUCAAGGCAAGAUACAGAAACCACCUGAUGUCAUUUAGACAUGAAAAGAGAAGGAAUGAGACUGAGCUGAGGAAGCACCUGUGGCAGCUAAAGGAGGCAAAUAAGGAAUUCGAUAUCACGUGGAAAAUACUCGCCAAAGGAAAAUCUUACACCAACCUUACAAAACGUUGCAAUCUAUGUACAACAGAGAAGUUCUUUUUAAUCUGUAGGCCUCACUUGGCAACGCUGAACAAGCGCAACGAACUUGUCUGUACAUGCAGACAUCGACGCAAGUUUAUCCUAAGGUACAAUCGAACAUGUGGAAGCCAGAGAUUGUAG